UCUGGGUCCUAACUCAAUGCAAACGAGCUCGGGCUAGCUGCUUGCAUGCUGCUGCUCAGGCUGGUUUCUGGUUUUGACGCUUUUUUCAAAAGCAAUGUUACAACUUCUCGGUUCGAAACGACGCUUCGCUUAGAAAUGCAGCAAGAUUUAUUCAGAAAAAAACAAAGGGAAACGCCGAACCCCAAACCACGUGUUUCUGGUUGGAUGUCACAUUUCGGUCACUGAAUGGACAAGUCAGCCACUUGCUCAGGUCUACUCCCCCCACCCAUCCCCCCCAAGUCUGAACGUUUUUGACCUGCGCUUUUGGAAAACACUUGAUUUUCUGCCUUGGUCUUUUGGGAUUGUAGUGGGGUGGCUGCCCCACUCCAUGAGAAAAAGGGCUGGAACGGGCCAGAGAGGCUGUACAGACUGGCAGCCAAUCAGCAAGGGCCUGUGGGGAGCCAAUUGGGGCCAAGAAAGAGGCAGCCAAUCAGGGCCAGGCUAAGCCCUAUAUAAAGGCUGCAGCAGAGCAGAGAGAGCAGUCUCCUCCUGGCCAGCAAGGGAGGAGGAUUGGCUCCUGGUAGAAGGAGCGGCACCCUGGACAGAGCAAUGCUGGGCAGGGCAGAGGGAGCUCUGGCUGACCUGGCCAUACUGCAGGCCUUGAAACAAGGCCUGAGUGGGUGCUAGGGCUACAGGGAAGUGGCCCAGGGAAGGCAGGCAGUGACGGGGAGUGUAGGAAGGCAGCAAGCAGGAGCUGCUGCUCAAGGGUCCCUGGGCUGGGGUCCAGAGUAGUGGGCGGGCCUGGGUCUCCCUCUCCCCCCUUGCACCGCACCUUGCCAUGAGGGAGCAUGGCCCAUGGACUGCACCUUGUCCCUGAGAUAAGGGACUAGACUUUGGGGUGGCAGGUGGCCACGAAGACAGGUGUGGACUAGAAUUGCUGAUGUACCCCUGGAAGAAGGAAGAAUGGAGUAGUGGGCACUGCCGGAGGGCAGUGUCCUGAAGAGAACACUGUGGUCCAGAGAGCGAUGUGUGUCCCAGUGGUGGAAACAACACAGCAGAGCAGACAAUGGGCGAGACACCAGCAGGAGGAGCUCCAUGCCUGGACUGAGCUCAUUCUCGGAGCAACCAGCAGGAGGCACCAGCGGUGGCAUCCUGGGAGGUGUAGUCUCCACUGGUGGAUUGCAGCCCUCAGCAUCUUCCCCACUGGAACACUCCCAGCUUCUCAGAUAACACCACUCUGCGAUCCUUACUGGUUGUACCUACGCCAAAAUCUGGAAACAGCACUGGACUGGAACUCAGGAAACCUGGGUGAAUUCACAGCUCUGCCCCUGCCUGCUGGGUGACCUUAGGCACCUAACUAAGGGCAGGCUUCUCUGAAGAGCUCAAGAUCCCAGCGUUGCUCAGCUCUCAUAAAAGUCUGGCUAAAGAUUUGCCCAAGGUCACACAAGAAGUUUAUGGCAGCUCUGCGAAUUGAACCUAGAGCUCCUGUGUCCCACCCUUCGCCACAGGGCUUGCACAAGGAAGCAUACGAUGGCUGAAUUUCACCCACGAAUCCCAUAGCAUCUUAAGGAGUCAGGAAUUGACUUACAACCUGUUUUUAAUGGUGUAAAGAGGGGGAACAAAGCUUUUCAACAUUCCCCAUCCCUUCCUCCUGCAUCUUCCAAUUCAACGGUGGAGGAAGAGCUCUUAGCCCUGGUCUACACUAGGAGUUGAGGUUGACUUUAAUAGCGUUAAAUUGAUUUAACCCUGCACCCGUCCAUAUGACGAAGCCCUUUUUUUCAACUUAAAGGGCUCUUAAAAUCGAUUUCUUUACUCCACCCCCAACAAGGGGAUUAGCGCUGAAAUCGGCCUUGCCGGGUCAAAUUUGGGGACUGUGGACACAAUUAGACAGUAUUGGCCUCUGGGGGGAGCUAUCCCGGAGCACUCCAUUGUGACUGCUCUGGACAGCACUCUCAACUCAGAUGCACUGGCCAGGUAGACAGGAAAAGGCCCGUGAACUUUUGAAUUUCAUUUCCUGUUUGGCCAGCGUGGCAAGCUGCAGGUGAGUGCAGAGCUCAUCAGCAGAGGUGACCAUGCAGAGCUCAUCAGCAGAGGUGACCAUGAUGGAGUCCCAGAAUCGCAAAAGAGCUCCAGCAUGGACCUAAUGGGAGGUAUGGGAUCUGAUCGCUGUAUGGGGAGAGGAAUCCGUGCUAUCAGAACUCCGUUCCAAUUUUCGAAAUGCCAAAAUAUUUGUCAAAAUCUCCCAGGGCAUGAAGGACAGAGGCCAUAAGAGGGACCCAAAGCAGUGCCGCAUGAAACUUAAGGAGCUGAGGCAAGCCUACCAGAAAACCAGAGAGGCAAGCGGCCGCUUCGGGUCAGAGCCCCAAACAUGCCGCUUCUAUGAUGAGCUGCAUGCCAUUUUAGGGGGUUCAGCCACCACUACCCCAACCGUGUGCUUUGACUCCUUCAACGGAGAGGGAGGCAACAUGGAAGCAGGUUUGGGGAAAGAGGAAGAUGAUGAUGAUGAGGUUCUAGAUAGCUCACAGCAAGCAAGCGGAGAAACCAGUUUUCCCGACAGCCAGGAACUGUUUCUCACCCAGGACCUGGAGCCAGUACCCCCCGAACCCACCCAAGGCUGCCUCCCGGACCUGCCAGGAGGAGAAGGGACCUCUGCUGCAAGUGUUUCAAGGAUCACAGGAUCUUCUCCUUCCCAGAGGCUAGCGAAGAUUAGUAGACGAAAAAAACGCACUUGCGAUGAAAUGUUCUCUGAGCUCAUGCUGUCCUCCCACACUGAUAGAGCACAGAUGAAUGCAUGGAGGCAGACAAUGUCAGAGUGCAGGAAAGCACAAAAUGACCGGGAGGACAGGUGGCAGGCUGAAGAGAGGGCUGAAGAUGAUAGGUGGCAGCAGCAUGAUGAGAGGAGGCAGGAUUCAAUGAUGAGGCUGCUGGAGGAUCAAACUAAUAUGCUCCAGCGUAUGGUUGAGCUGCAGGAAAGGCAAGAGCACAGACCACCGCUACAGCCCCUGUGUAACCAACCGCCCUCCUCCCCAAGUUCCAUAGCCUCCUCACCCAGACACCCAAGAACGUGGUGGGGGCGCCUCCGGCCACCCAGCCACUCCACCCCAGAGGAUUGCCCAGGCAACAGAAGGCUGGCAUUCAAUAAGUUUUAAAGUUUUAAACUUUUAAAGUGCUGUGUGGGCCUUGUCCUUCUCUCCUCCACCAUCCCUCCCAGGCUACCUUGGCAGUUAUUUGUGUGAUGAAUUAAUAAAGAAUGC